UCACCUAAAGCUGCAAACCCACUUUCAGAACCUCACAUAACAUCCAAGCGUGAAACUGGACACAUCAAUUUCGAUGUUGUCCCGAGAACUCUAAUCAGGAAGAACCCUUCCAGAGUCGCGAUUCCUGAUAACUCAAGACUUGCUUUGGAUACAAUUCUGGUCGUACUAAUGACAAUUGGUAAUGAGAGAGUCGUCGAAACAUUAGCAAAAUGAGGCUUACUUGCCUCGUGUUAUACUUCAACUGUCUCGUUGCUGUAGCAACAUCAAGCGAGCAAUCCUUCUGUCCAGCGUCCAUCCAUUCAGUAGGUGCCGCCAUCACACAAGUUGGUCUUGUCUUGCGGAGCCGGCAUGUCAAGAAGCGUCUUCAGGCUCAAAGUCAGAUAUCAUGCAGUCUGCGAUGUCAGCAGCAAGACUGGUGCAUAUCGGUGAACUACGAAGUUUCUCGACCUGAAGCAGGGGCCUGCGAGUUAAACACAUACGGAGUCAAGACGUUGGACGAUGCAAAUCCAAACAAUUCAGAGUUUGAAAAGAAAAAAGGAUGGAUAUACUCACAGUUGAGGUCUGCUGAGUUCACACAAAGCCUACACGCCUGUAAAGAUGGUUCGUUCACUUGUUCAAAUGGAGGAACAUGUGAGGUGGAUUGCAAAACUUUCCGCCCUAGAUGCCAUUGCCCUGCUGGCUUUUCUGGAGACAAGUGUGAAAACAAUGAUGACGAAUGCAAGAGCAGCCCUUGUAAGAAUGGAGGAACGUGUGUAGACGGGAUCAACCGGUACUCCUGCACGUGCGUGGCAGGGUUUACAGGCAAAAACUGUGAGACGGACAUUGACGAAUGCGCUGGUAAUCCUUGUGCUAACGGAGGGACUUGUAAGGAUGGAAUAAAUGGCUUCACCUGCGAAUGUCCUGUUGGUUACAGUGGAAGCACCUGCGAAAUUGGUUGUGAUCUCGCAGCAGUUGGAGUUCAGAACAGAAGUGUCAUCCCAGACAUAAGCUUUUUCGCAUCGAACUACUGGCAAGAGUCUGGUUUUCCCUCAGACUUCUUUUCACCAAAGAAUGCUCGACUUAACGGGGAUCGGUAUUGGUCUGCUGCAAAUAGAAAUGUUCCAUUGUACCUCCAGGUUGAUUUGCUGUCGUUAUACAUGAUUUGCGCCGUGGCAACACAAGGCGGAACAAUUUCGCAUUACGAUACAAGAGCCACAAGGUACAAGCUUUCCCUCUCAAAACCGGGGUCUUCCUGGCAAAUCUACCAAGAAGGUGGCACAGACAAGGAGUUUCAAGGGAACUUAGACAAGCCAACAGUUGUGAAGAAUGCCUUGGUAAACAGGCCAACCGCCCAAUACAUCAGAUUCAUACCAACAGCGUGGGACUAUUGGCCUGGUUUUCGCGUUGAAGUUUUCGGAAUUCGUCAAUGAAACUAUCGUUUCUUUUCCAGUAUCUAGAGACAGAUUAUCACGACUUGAAAAACUCAAUUAUUAUCCAAUACCCAUGUAUUGACUACUGAAAAGGCAGACCCUAAGUUCGUGAGGAGGGAGUUUAAUUUCAUGUCCAGGGGAAAGCGUGACUGAGAAUUUACUUCAUUAGUGUGAUUUGUAUAAAUGAUAUCUCCUUGUUAGUGUGAUUUGUAUUAAUGAUCUCUCCUCGUUAGUGUGAUUUUUAUAAAUGAUCCCUCCCCGUGUAGUGUGAUUUUUAUAAAUGAUUUCUCCUCGUUAGUGUGAUUUGUAUAAAUGAUCUCUCUUCGUUAGUGUGAUUUGUAUAAAUGAUCCCUCCUUGCUAGUGUGAUUUGUAUAAAUUAUCUCUCCUGGUUAGUGUGAUUUGUAUAAAUGAUCUCUCCUUGUUAGUGUGAUUUGUAUUAAUGAUCUCUCCUCGUUUGUGUGAUUUGUAUUAAUGAUCUCUCCUCGUUAGUGUGAUUUUUAUAAAUGAUCCCUCCCCGUGUAGUGUGAUUUUUAUAAAUGAUUUCUCCUCGUUAGUGAGAUUUGUAUAAAUGAUCUCUCUUCGUUAGUGUGAUUUGUAUAAAUGAUCUCUCCCCGUUAUUGUGAUUUGUAUGAAUAAUCUUUCCUAGUUAAUGUGAUUUGUAUAAAUGAUCUCUCCUGGUUAAAGUGUGAUUUGUAUAAAUGAUCUCUUCUCGUUAGUGUGAUUUGUAUAAAUUAUUUCUCCUGGUUAGUGUGAUUUGUAUAAAUGAUCUCUUCUUGUUAGUGUAAUUUGUAUAAAUGAUCUCUUCUAGUUAGUGUGAUUUGUAUAAAUGAUCUCUCCUCGUUAGCGUGAUUUGUAUAAAUGAUCUUUCAUCGUUAGUGUGAUUUGUAUAAAUGAUCUCUCCUCGUUAGUGUGAUUUGUAUAAGUUAUCUCUCCUGGUUAGUGUGAUUUGUAUAAAUGAUCUCUCCUCGUUACUGUGAUUUGAAUGAAUGGUCUCUCCUUGUUAGUGUUUAAA